CAGUUGUCAAUUCCGCAUUAAAUAAAUACACCUAAAAACCAUCUUUUAGAGCAAGAUUUUACACUUUAUAUCAUGUGCGGCUGAACAAAUGAGAAAUAAUUGUGGACCUUUUUUUGCUCUGCACAGCACAUUGUUGUCAUUCAACAGUAGGCGUUCAUGAAAAAUUAUAGCAUUAGCUUAAAUUGUCAAAAAAAUUUCACUUGGCUAUCAGCAAUGCCACCAUAAAUUAGCCGUUUUCUGAAUGGAGUUCUGAAUCGCGUUCUACCCGUGCUACAGAGCAGCGUGUUGGCACUACCGAUCUGUCGUGGCCUGUACACAACACAGAAGCACAGCAGGACAGGAGGAGGACGAGGUGUCACGGGAAAAAAGUUAUAACAACUAUUUCAAAGAGGGUUAAGAGAGAUGAAAACUGACGUGUUAUCCUAAUCAUCACAUCAGUGAGGACUGCAGCCAUGGAUUUAUUCAAACAACAGAGAGUGGAGGAUUUCUAUGAAAUCGGUGAAGAGUUGGGAAGUGGGCAGUUUGCCAUCGUAAAGCAAUGCAGAGAGAAAAGCUCGGGUCUGGAAUUUGCUGCCAAGUUCAUCAAGAAGCGGCAGAGCAUGGCCAGCUCUCGAGGAGUGCGGCGGGAGGAAAUAGAGCGGGAGGUGAACAUCCUGCAGCAGAUCCAGCACCCCAACAUUGUCACGCUGCACGAUGUCUUUGAGAACCGCACCGACGUGGUGCUCAUCCUGGAGCUGGUCUCUGGAGGUGAGCUGUUUGAUUUCCUGGCGCAGAAGGAGUCUCUGAGCGAGGAAGAAGCCACUCAGUUCAUCAAGCAAAUCCUCGAGGGGGUCAACUACCUCCAUGCUAGAAAAAUUGCCCACUUUGAUCUGAAGCCUGAAAACAUAAUGCUACUGGACAAGAAUGUGCCGUUGCCGAGAAUCAAACUCAUUGACUUUGGUCUGGCUCACAAGAUUGAAGCUGGGGUUGAGUUCAAAAACAUCUUUGGGACACCUGAGUUUGUGGCACCGGAGAUCGUCAAUUAUGAGCCACUCGGAUUAGAAGCAGACAUGUGGAGUAUUGGGGUCAUCACCUACAUCCUGCUGAGUGGUGCCUCACCUUUCCUUGGGGAGACCAAACAGGACACACUGGGGAACAUUUCAGCCAUAAAUUAUGAGUUUGAUGAAGAGUUCUUCUGUCACACCAGUGAGCUGGCCAAGAAAUUCAUCAGCCAGUUGCUGGAGAAAGAUAAGAAGAAAAGAUUAACAAUUCAAGAUGCUCUUAAUCACCCGUGGAUCAAGUCCAAUGAACACAAGGAGGAAAACAAAGCCCAGGAGCCAAAGAAACGGGAGCGGCGCCAGUUGAAGACCAAGCGCCUAAGGGAGUACACUAUCAAGUCCCACUCCAGCAUGCCACCCAACAACACCUAUGUAAACUUUGAGCGCUUUGCACAGGUGGUGGAAGACAUUGACCAGAUGGAGAGCUCAUUCAUUAGUCUGGCAGCUGCCCAUGACUCUCUGCAAGAAGAUAUUGAUGCCAUGGUGUCUAUAUACAAUGAAAAGGAGGCCUGGUACAAGGAGGAGAGUGAGGGCGUCCGCCAUGAGCUCUCACAGAUCCGCUACGAGUUCCGUAAGGUCGAGGCCUUGAAGAGGAGCCUGCAGGACGACAUGCAGGCUUUCAGCUCCAGCCUCGGCGCCAUCAGCAGCCGUUACCAGGAGAGACAGAACCACUUCGAUGCACUGCGCCUGGAGCUUAGCAAUGAGCUGAAAUGGGUGCAGGAGGUGAUGGGCUCAUUUCCCAUGGAUGGGGGUGGAGGAGGGUACUCCAACUUCUCCACCGUCUUCAAUAAUGAUGUAAAUGAGGCCUUGAAGGAGCUGCUGAACCGCUCCUGUGGAGGGGAGCUGCUGUCUGGGAUCAACCUGGACUUUACUGAGACUGGACAACAAAGAUAAAGGCUGUGUUAUAUUUUAACCUAUUUAAAAACCAUUAAGUAAAGUUGCAAUAGGAAGGUCUGUGUCAGAUAAAAAAACUUACACAUAUAAUAAGAAGUAAGUAUUGUCUUACUUUUUGUAUAUCAAAUUGUAUAUUUCCAUGUUAAAAAUAACCUGCCCAAAUGAUCCUCUACUAAUGUCACAGCCAGACACCACAGGACGCCCAGAGGUCCUGUGUCCAUACACUGACGGGUCAGAGCUGAUUUGAUGGUAGAAAGGGGGGCAUAGGUGGGUUGCAUGUGUUAAAUAACAUCCAGAUGAAUGUCAGGGUUUCCCAGCAGAACAUUGUAUUGUAACAAGAUGAUCAACAUGUCAGUGGUUGUUCUGUGUGUGUCUGAUGUGUAUAGCCAAUAUGAAGUCCUUAAAUUUAAGAUGCAGAA